AUGUGUGGCGAAGCUGUGGGCGGGCGCGAAGGCGAGCAGCUGCGGCAGUCAUCGGUACGGGGCAGUGGCGCGUGGAUCUGGCCGUCUCGGUGUGGACGGAGUGGUCAAAUCCCCAGAUCCGAGCCGAUGCAAGCUCGGAGAGCGCCUCAUGGAGGGAGGUUGCCUCCGGCCGCCGGAUCCUUACCGGAUUUCAUCCUGGUCUUUAGGCUGGGAGGCUAUUGCGGCUCAAUAAAGCCAGAGGGCGAGGGGCUUCACCGGCUCUGGUUUUCAUGCUCUGCGUCGGUGGUUUUUCUCCAGCAGUUUCUACGGCGGAAGACAAUGGCGCUGAGCAUCUUCGGCUUGUACGGAGAAGACGAUGGACCAACUUGUUAUUUUGUUCCUUUUAUGAUCUUCUCUGCUGUAGUUUGGUGGUGGCAGCCGCACUGUUUGUAUCAUCUAUGUAUGUUUGUAUUUGUACGAGUCCAUGUACUGUUUUCCUUGACGUAUAAAUACAAGUAG